AUGCUGAAAUCAAUUUGUAAAACUUCCACAGUUCGUUCUUUUUUUUCAACAACAGCAUUCACGUCCAGUCAUCGUACGGCGGCUAUUGGUCAUUCUUCACUUUUUAAUGCUGAGCCAACACACGUAUUUAAACCACUUCAACAAUUUGCACCCACAUUUUAUGCAAGAGGGGAAGACAUAAAACCACUAUACCAACCUUGUGUUUUCUAUUCACAACUCAAAUCGAAUAUAUUAUCAGCAAAGGAACGUGUAUUUAUUGCAGCCUUAUAUAUUGGACAAAAUGAACAAGAUUUGGUGGACACAAUUCGAAAAGCCUUGGCGAAAAACCCAGAAUUGAAUGUACAUAUUUUGAUCGAUUGUUUAAGAGGAACCCGAAUGACAAAGGGUGGGCAGAGCUCAGCAACUUUGCUAUUACCAUUGAUUAGAGAUUAUCCAGGUCGAAUGAGAGUCUCAAUGUACCAUACUCCUGAUUUGACAGGGCUUUUAAAGCGUACCUUGCCACAAAGGUUUAAUGAGAGUAUCGGCCUGAUGCACUUGAAACUAUACGGUGUUGAUAAUUCAAUUAUGUUGAGUGGAGCAAACUUGAGUUCAGAUUACUUUACUAACCGACAAGACAGAUACAUGUUAUUUCACAAACAAUCCGAACUCACAGACUACUAUUAUAACUUACUUAAUUUGAUCUCUAAUUCCACUUAUGAUAAUUCUUCAAACAAUGGCAAUAGUGAUGCACAAUACGAUACUGCAAUUCUGCCCGUCAUUCAAAUGGGCCCCUUUCAUAUCCGACAAGAUGAGCGUCUCACACUAGAACUACUCAACAUUGCCAAUGAACAACCAUACCCCUGGACUAUUCAUCUCACAUCAGGCUAUUUUAACUUUACAGAGAAAUAUAAAUCUUUCAUCUUAAGAACCAAAGCAAAAUUUCGAUUCUUAACCGCUGCACCAGAAGCUAACGGAUUCUUUAACUCUAAAGGUGUGUCGCGAUUUUUGCCACCUGCCUAUACGCAUAUUGAACGUCAAUUCUACCGACAUAUCAAACGCAUGGGAAGGGAAGAGGAUAUAACAAUAGAGGAAUAUAGAAGACCGGGGUGGACAUAUCAUGCCAAAGGUCUAUGGGUAUUUCUGAACAGCAAAAACACCAGCAAUGAUGAACUACCUUAUGCGACAAUGAUCGGAUCGCCUAAUUUUGGCCAACGGUCUAUGGAGCGAGAUUUAGAGGCACAGGUGCUGGUAAUCACAAGGAACGAAAAUUUAAGAAAAGCAUUGUACAAAGAAGUGGAUCUUUUACAUCAGUACUCUGAAGUAGUAUCGAAGGAAACAUUUGAUAAAAUAGAUAGAAAAGUGCCGAAUGGAGUUAAGAUAGCAACAUCUUUCAUAAAGACAAUGCUAUAA